AUGCUUAAAACCCUGGUGAUUCUCUUCGUGGCCCUGGCCAACACUUGGGCAACGGACUACAAUGCUCUGAUUGAUGACCAGGGCAUCUUUAUGCCGUGCUCAGAAGCUCCAGCCGGCUCCCUUGGCCCCCACGAUGGAUUCAAUUUCGACAAUAUGGUGAUGAGUAUGGAGCCAGAAGGCAUUUACGUAUCGGGGAAUAUGACCGUUAAGUUGAACUUUUCAAUCUCCGAUCGGAUUUCCGCUAGGUUCAGCGUGAUGCAGUAUGAACGUGGCACUUGGCAACCAACCAUGUUUAACCUUCACUCCCCGAACUUUUGCAAAGUGAUGUUUGACGCAGAUCAGUACUGGUUCAAGUAUUGGUUAAAAAACAUACGAAACCGAGAGGAGGUGCGUGAAAAAUGCCUUAAAGUGAAAGAUACCGUGCUGGUGUACGAUGAGUUUUUGAUGGUCCUGAAACUGGAAAAUGUCAGUACUCCAAACUUACAGGGGCGCUAUAAGGCGGUGAUCACUUUAGAGGCUUUCGAUGAACAUGAUGUGCGACGACCAGCAUCCUUUUGCGCUGAAAUAAGAGGCGAACUUGAGAGGGUUAAGUAG